AUGAUGUCUUCAAUAUCAUCUGCUUCCUCCUCCUCUUCAUCAGGUUCCUCUUCUUCAUAUUCAUCUUCUGAGGUUUCAGCAGCCAAGGUGUUGCAAGAGACAUGCAACUACAUCAGAAACUUGCACAGAGAAGUCGAUGAUCUAAGUGAGAGGCUAUCUGAGUUAUUGGCAACUACUGACACUGCUCAAGCUGCCAUAAUUAGGAAUUUACUAAUGCAAUAAUAGAGCUUAAUCAUCAAUUAUUUAAUAAUUGCUAGUUAAUUUUCAGUACUUAUGUAAUAGAACUUAUCUUUCUUAAUUAAUUUCUUUCUAUUUCUCUACCUUAAUCAAUUUCUAGGUUUUUAUCAUCAU